CCGGGCUGUCCCCUCCCCGGGGCUGCCCGCGGCCCGCCGUUCCUCCCACGCUGCCAAGCGGCUCCUCGCGCUCCGCUCCCCCGCCGGUGCCCCACCUGCCUCUGCAGCCCCGGGGACAGGGCGGGGUCCUUCCCCUUGCCUGCAGCCCCCGCGGAGGAGCGGCCCGGGCUCCUGCCCGCGCAGUUGCCAUAACGACCCUGUGGAAACGGACGCUGUUCCUUCCUCCCCGCUGUCGGUUUGCGGAGCGGGCACCGGCGGGCAGCCGGUCCGCGUUGGUGCGGCGCUCGUACACCUCACCUCCGAGCCGGCACAGGCCGUGUGACUCCAUCUCUGUCUCGGGUUGUUUGCUGAUGCAGAAAGAGCAUCACAGACUGUUAGUGUAUUGUAGAGGUGUGCGCUGAGACACAGCUUUACACCAUCAGGAUGUUCAGUGAACCCAGCAACCUAGGUCUACAGCAAUGGGCCGCCUGAGGAUGCAUCGCCUCUUGUCUCAGACAUCUCAGGGCUGCCGGGAACCUGCCUUGCUGUGCCUGUGCCACCCUGCUGGGCUCCGGACCUGACACCUCUGUGCCCUCUUCUGGCAGGAUGGCCCAAGCAGGGGCACCCGUCCGCUUCCACCCCGAGGAGGGCUGCACCGCCUCUCCCCCGCCCUUUGCCCACAGGGUGACCCGGAGGCCCUGGUGGGCGGGGGGAAGCCCCGAGGCUGGGCGGUGCAGCCCCCCACCCUGCCUCACCCCCAACCUCAACGCCGGCCGCCUCCACCUGCUGCGCAAGGGCCUGGCGCCCGAUGCCCGCCGCUGCCCCCUCGGCCUCUACAACAGCACCGGCUCCUUGGCCCGCAGGCCGGCUGAGGCAGCGCCCUUCGGCAGUGGGAGCUGCCCCGCCACGGGCCGGCUGACUGCCCCCUCCACCCCGCGGUGGGGCCGGCCCAGCCCGGCCGCCGCCUCUCCGGGCAGCCGCAGUCCGCCAGCCCCAGAGGGACACAGCUCUGUGGUCACCUUCCGCUUCAUUGAGAAGGCCAGCGUGCGGACUCUGGGUUGCCCGACAGUCCCCCAUCUCCGCUGGGAGAAUGGCCCCUACAGCCUCAGCCGCAGUCUGGAGCUCGGUGGGGACAUGGGAUCCCCCCAGCCCCAGCCCCUGCCUCAGGAGCGACUCCUGCACACGCUGAAGCUGGAGGCCUCCGCAUCUGACCCACUGCUGGCCGGGGGCAGGACUCCAGGGGGGACACGUCCCUGUGAGAAGGAGCUCUGUGCCCUCGACACCAGCUGCCUCUGCCGAUCCCUAACCAACGGGCUGCCAGAGGAGUUCCCCACCUUCGCCAGGAGUCCCCUGAAGCCAGAGCCCCGACACCAGGGCAGUACCUGGCUGUAUCCCCGUCAGAGCUCUGCCCAUGCCCAGCGCAUUGCCAAGGCCAAGUGGGAAUUCUUCUAUGGCUCCUCAGAUACCCCAAAGACAGGCUCCUCUGCCCCUGCCUCUGCUCCCCUGGCUGAACUCCCCCAGAAGUCUGUCUCCCCACUGCCAGCCGAGCCACCGCGGUUGGUACCUGAGCACAGCCUGAGCCAUGUGGAGGUGGAGAUAGAAGUGUCUCCUUUGGGCAGCCAGAAGCCUGGCUCCUGUGAAACUGGAAUUAUAAGGAGGACAGUGAAGUAUUCUGAGACAGAUCUGGACACUGUGCCACUGAGGUGCUAUCGUGAAACAAACAUCGAUGACAUCCUGGCCGAGAAGGAGGAGGUGGAUUCAGCAAUUGAGAGCCAGAAGGACAGUGAGAGCAACCCAAGUUUUGUGGGCACACCAGGCAGGAGGAACAGCACACCAGAGGAGCCACCUGCCCCAGGCACCAGCUGCUCCAAGGAUGGGCUGCAGGACAGGGAUGUGGACGAGGACAAUGAGGUGUUUGAAGCGAUGAGGAAGGAAAACAGGGAAAGGAUCAUGGACCGAGACACACAGGGUAUGCUCAAGUCUCCAGUGCCUUUCCUUCUAGGGCACAGCCUCUCCAAGGAUGGCAUGGACUCUUUCAGCAAGCAUUUUGAGACCAUCAUGGAGUCCCAUAGAGCCAAAGGCACAUCUUACACCAGCCUGGACUCCAUUGACAUCCUUUCUUCCCCAGCCCGUACCCAUGGGACUUUUUUCACUUUUGACCUCCCAACCCUCACCCCAGAAAUACAGGGAAAAAUCCGAGACAGCGCCAAGGUGAUUGAGGAGAACUUUGCUCCUCUGGCUCACUUGGAGCCAGACUCUGGGACCAGUUCAGCCACAGAUGCCCCCUGGACAGAGAGGGAGGAGGAACGGGGGAGACGAAGGAAGGGUACUCGGCACAGCCCUUGCCACUCAGAGGACAGCUUUGGCACUCCCUUAGCCUCCAACACAAGCGACCGCCCCCAGAGCCAGCUGGUUUCAGACUCAGAGUCGGAGAUGGACAGUGUGGAGCAGCUGGCCCUGGGCAGCACGGACACCCUUUCCAAUGGACACAAGGCUGACCUGGAGGCUGCCAAACGCCUGGCCAAGAGGCUCUACAACCUGGAUGGCUUUAAAAAAGCAGAUGUGGCUCGCCACUUGGGGAAGAACAAUGAGUUCAGCAGGAUGGUGGCAGGGGAAUAUCUGAAGUUCUUCGUGUUCACAGGGAUGAGUCUGGAUCAGGCUCUCAGGUCCUUUCUAAAAGAGCUGGCCUUGAUGGGAGAGACACAAGAGCGAGAGCGAGUGCUGGCUCAUUUUUCCCAGCGCUACUACGAGUGUAAUCCCAAUGCCAUCUCUUCAGAAGACGGAGCCCACACCCUCACGUGCGCCCUGAUGCUGCUGAACACAGAUCUGCAUGGACAUAACAUUGGGAAAAGAAUGUCCUGCUCCGACUUCAUUGGCAACUUGGAGGGACUCAAUGGAGGCACUGACUUCCCCAAGGAGCUGCUUAAGGCACUGUACGGCUCCAUCAAGAACGAGAAGCUGCAGUGGGCCAUAGAUGAGGAGGAGCUGAGAAAGUCCCUCUCGGAGCUGGCAGAUCCCAACCCAAAGUCCAUCAAGCGCAUCAGCAGCUGCAGUAACCCCUUUCUGGACUUUUCCCAGGACUCCAGCAUUGCCACUUACAAGCACGGGCUGUUAGUCCGCAAGAUCCACGCCGAUCCCGACUGCAAGAAAACACCCCGAGGGAAGCGCGGCUGGAAGCCCUUCCACGCCAUCCUGAAGGGAAUGAUUCUCUACCUGCAGAAGGAGGAGUAUAAGCCAGGGAAGGCACUGGCAGAAGAGGAACUGAAGAAUGCUAUUAGCAUCCACCAUUCGCUUGCCACACGGGCAUCUGACUACAGCAAGCGACCCAAUGUCUUCUACCUCAGGACAGCUGACUGGAGGGUCUUCCUUUUCCAAGCACAGAACCCGGAACAGAUGCACUCGUGGAUCACGCGCAUCAAUGUGGUGGCAGCCAUGUUCUCUGCACCCCCCUUCCCCGCAGCCAUCGGCUCCCAGAAGAAGUUCAGCCGCCCGCUGCUGCCCAGCUCCUGCACCAGGCUGUCUCAGGAGGAACAGGUGAAGAACCAUGAGACCAAGUUCAAGACAAUGUCAGCAGAGCUGCUGGAGCAUCGUUCCUCACUGCCUGAGAAGAAGGUGAAAGGCAAGGAGUACGAGGAGCUAAAGCAGAAAGAAGAGUACCUGGAAUUUGAGAAAUCCCGCUAUGGCACCUAUGCCAUGCUGCUGCGGGCCAAGCUGAAGGCUGGCUCCGAGGACCUGGCAGCAUUUGAGUCCACCCUCUUUGACACAGCGGGUGGGGAGGACGAUGGCCUGAAAAAGUCCCGCUCCAGCCCCUCACUCAACGCAGAGCCCUCCAGCACGACCACCAAGGUGAAGCGCAACAUCUCAGAGCGCGCUGGCCGCCAGCCCCCUGGCCACCCCCAGAAAUCGUAAGUGCGGGGCCUCAGCUGCCUGCACUGCAGCUCUGUUCCUGUUCCCCCGGCACGGGGGUGGAGGCCGUGUGCCUGCCGAGACCCUGCAUGUGUCCAUCUGUCUGUGGCAGAGCUGGAGGGGGUAACAGCCCUUCUGCAGCUGCCAGCACCAGCCAUGCAGGGCCAUGGCCCCUCCACCGGAGACAGUGGCAGAGCAGGACGGUCCCCAGUCCUUGCCUGCAGGAGCUGCCUGGCCCCAUCAGACUUGUUCCUGCCCCUCCUUGUCCUUGCACUUGGAUGCAGGACCUACUCUUGCUGCCCUGGGGAGAGGGAACAACUGAAACCUACCCGCUGGGCUCAAUUCUUCAAUGGCUUAAAAAAAACAAAGACAAAUGCAGCAAAACAAAGCCAGCGGCCGCUUCUCCAGCUCCAUUGUGCCAUGGGGGUAGUUGGGAGGGGGCCAGCUGUAGACUGUCCCCUCUCCUGGGGCUGGUGGCCAGGGAAGCCAGGACAAUAGCACCUGCUCCCUUCCCUGCCACCUCAAUCACCUCUGCACCCUCCCCGCUUUCUUACAACUUUUGAACAGUUUUUGUGAUACAGUUUUGCACUUUUUAGUACCAGACUGAGCUGACCACCAGGGAGGUUUUUUUGGGGGGCUACUUUUGAUGCUUUUUGGGAACUGUUUAAAAAAAAACCAUAAACCCAGCCAUAUCUUGCAGGCACUGCACUCUGGGGGAAAGAUGUUUUUAAAAGGACUCAGGGGGCAAUCCAGCUUCCCAUGCCCCCGCCCUGCAGCAAGCUGAGCGUGGGCUACUGUGUGUACUGUUGCUGCCUGCUCCCCAGCUCCACUUCAGCACCAGCAACCCUUCGGGGUGACAGCCCUGUGGCUCUCAGUACUAAGGAGGCAGCCUUGAGAUGGCAGCACCCAUUGCUGCAUGUGUGGCUGCAUGGGAGGCUGAUGCACCGGUGCUUCAUGACCCCCAUUUCCUGCUCCCCACUGCUGGCAGCUUGGCCCCGUUUGCAGGAACCUGGGUGUGAGCAUCGUACCCAGGGCUUGGUGGGCAGCGGUGUGUAAGUACUCCCCGUGGGAUGGUGACCCCUGGAGCCAGGGUUGAUAUAGGGGCGUCCCCCUGCCCUAUGGGUCCAGCACAGGCUGGAGCCAGCUUUUCUUCCCAUCUCUUUUCCAAUGUAUGGCUGGCGCCUCAGAGGCUGCCAGCAAAGCCUGGUCUGCAGUGCUGCAGUCUUCGUGCUGCAGCAGCAGUGGUGCAGCUGCUUCUUCAGCAACAGGCUCCCUCCUUGCCAAAAUGAGGGGCAGGCUCGGACAGCCGUCACCAGUCCAGAGUGGACUGAAGGAUGCUUGUCCAGAGCAAGGGGCAAGUGAUGAGCACGGCUGCAGGAUUGUCCAGAAAGGGGUCCAGGCACAGUGAAGGGCUGUGACCAGGGGCUGGUACAUGUGCAGUUCUCAGCCGCCUGGGACCUGGCUGGUUUCAGCACUGACUUUGCGAAUGUGUCAAAACUUUUUAUUCUGCUCUUUUGAGUCUAUUGCAAAAAAAAA